AUGGCCGAUUUCGUUUUAAUCUCUCUCUCUCUUCUCUCUCUCUCUCUCUAUCUAUCUAUCUAUCUAUCUUCUCUCUUUCUCUCUCUCUAUAAAAAGAAAAAAUUUUGUAUUUCCUGUUUGUCUGUCUGUCUGUUUGUCUGUCUCUCUCUCUCUCUCUCUCUCUCUCUCUCUCUCUCCUUUAUUCUCUCUCUCUCAAUAAAGAAAAAAAAACCCCAAACUUUAAACAAAAUCUCUCUCUUCUUUCACGCACUCUCUCUCUCUCUCUUUCUCUCCCUCUCACACACACACUCUCCCUCUCUCGCUCUCUCUCUCUCUCUCUCUCUCUCUCUCUCUCUCUCUCUCUCUCUCUUACCUUCCUUCCGUUCUUUUAGGGUCUUCUUUUCUUUACUGUUUCUUCCCUUCUUUUUUCUUUUCUUUAUUUAUUUCUUUCUUUUCUUUCUUUCUUUCUCCAUUUAUUUUCUUUCGUCCUUUUCUUUCUUUCUUUUUUCUAUUCUUUUCUUUUCUUUCUUUCUGCCUUUCUUUUCUUUCUUUCUUUCUUUCUUUCUCCAUUUAUUUAUUGCCUUUCGUCCUUUUCUUUCUUUCUUUUUUCUAUUCUUUUCUUUUCUUUCUUUCUUUCUUUCUUUCUUUCUUUCUUUUCUUUCUUUCUUUCUUCAUUUAGUUAUUGCCUUUCGUCUUUUUCUUUCUUUUUUUUCCAUUCUUUAUUUUUUUCUUUCUUUCUUUCUUUCUUUCUUAAUCUUUCUUUCUGUCGUUUUUCUUUCUAUCUUUUCUUUCUUUCUUUUUUCUUUCUUUCUACUUUUCUUCUUUCUCUAUUCCCAUUUUUCUCGAUAUUUUAUUUCAUUUUACUUAACUUACUUUUCUGAUUUUCUUGAUAUUUUCCCUUUUUUUAUUCAUGACAAUGAUCCCUUCAUUUUGUUUCACCCUUUUUCUUUUGCAUUCUCUCUCCCUCCCUCCCUCCCUAUCUAUCUACCUCACUCUUCAUAUCUAUCUAUCUACACAUGCGGCUUCACAUACAAACGAACGAGACGCUACUAUCGUUCUUUCAUUGACUUUCUUUAUUUCCUUUUCUUUCUUUCUAUCUUUCUUUCUUUCUUUCUUUCUUUCUUUCUUUCUUUCUUUUAG